UUUCUUCAGGAGGUCCUAAGUUUGUGUGUAGAUUGUCAACCUCGCUUAUAUAGUUCAUAGUGAGCGAAAGAGCCGAAGAAGGCUUAAUUAUUAUUUACUUUGGAUGGAAAUAUCGGCUGCUGUGUCUCAUAACUGAAGACGAGAAAUGGCAGAUGGUGGAGAUUUAAUGGAUGGUGAUCUGGAGGAUGGAGAGAUCUCCGGGUCCAGCUCUGAUAAUGAGAUGGGGACAGCAGCAGCACAGCCUCGACCCCAGCCCCCUCCUCCAGCUUUUAGUGGUCAGUCCUUCUCCAGCAGAGCUGCACCCCAGCCCUCUGCAGCCGCCUACCGCAGCACCUCAAGGCCAGUAGAGUCCAGCGACAGUGACCAUGACUCCUCAGACGAGGAGGCUGCUCUCUGGCGCAGAAAACGCCAGAAAGUGACCAACAAUCCUCAGCCACCUUCCAGCAACAUCCGCAUGCCCACUCCAGGCGCCCAUGGGGGCCGCAAAGUGAACAACAUCUGGGGCUCUGUGGUGCAGGAGCAGUGCCAGGAUGCCGUGGCUGCAGAACUGGGUAUAUUCGGCAUGGAGGGGGAGGUCAAUAUGUCUAGCAGGAAUGUGGAGACAUAUAACUUUGUUCUGGCUAAAAAGAUGAUGGAGAAGGAGAGGCAGAUGGAGAAGCAGGGAAAGGAUCAAGGAGAGGUGAGCAUGCUGGAUGCACAACUAGAGGAGUACAUGAAAGAGAGGAACACGGGAGGGGAUGCAAAGAGGAAAAGGUCGGCUAAAGAAAGACUGGGCCCCAGAGCUGAGAUGGACAUCAAGGGCCGGUAUGAGAUCACAGAGGAUGACCCUGAGGAAAAGGUGGUGGAUGAGAUCGCAUACAGGCUGCAAGAGCCUAAAAAGGACCUCAUAGAGCGUGUAGUUCAAGUCAUCGGGAAGAAAAAAGCUAUAGAGCUCCUUGGAGAAACCGCCACGCUGGAGGAAUCCGGCGGAGUGUACACGAUGGAUGGAAGCAGGCGACGAACGCCAGGUGGAGUGUUUCUGAACUUGCUGAAGAACACGCCGAGCAUCAGCAAAACCCAGGUCAAGAAGAUCUUCUUUGACGAGCAGCAGAAGGAGUGCAAGAGCAAGAAGGCGGCUCAGAAGAGGAGGCGGCACUUGGUGGCAAAGAAAAUGAAGCAGGCCAUCGGCACGCUGAACCUCCAGGAGCAUGACGACGUCUCCAGGGAGACUUUCGCCAGUGAUACCAACGAGGCCUUGGAGUCGUUAGAGGAGGCCGCGGAGGAGGAGGAAGAGGAGGCGCACGAGGAAGCUGCUGUGGGGAUUGAAGAGACGGCGGUGGUUUACAACUCUGCAGAUCUGGAGGUUUUCUGACGAACAAACUGUCAGGGUUAGAGUGAGAACACUUUGAAUUAAAGUUUAAGCACUGCGUAGGAAGAUUCUCUACUGAGAUCAGAAUCACACCUUUUUUUGUUUUAUAUUUUAAGAGAAAAUAUGUUAACAAGUAAUUUGUUUGGAACUGCAUGGGUUUACAAAAUUAAGCAUUUAUAACUACUGCAAUGUGUGAUUAAAUGUUUACUGUUAAAUCCAUGUCUUUUGACAAAAUCUUGGAGUAACAGUGAAGCCCUGUUGUUGAUUCCUGAAGAGCUUUUCUUUGUUAUGAUAAGUUAAGGAGGUCUUGAUUUACUAAAUUCCUUUGUUUGUCUGCGAAUGGAAUAUAAAUAAAGGUGAAUCUGGCAGAGAUACUUGAAAAUGAAUCUGCACACUCCGCUCAUUCAAUGCCAGUCACAAGGGAUGUAGCAAUAUUUAAACAUUUAAUACAAAUAUGGACAAUUUAUAUCAAUUUGAUAAAGAUACAUGUUGUGAAAGUGUUUUAAAAUCUGUUGUCAUGAUCUGAUGUAAACAGUCAAUUCUGACAGUUAAAGGGGGCUAGGGACUGGAGGAUGCAAGGAAACUUGUGCCACUAGUUUGAUAGUUUAUUUUAUAGAGCUGAUGAUUCCCUGGGAGGACUGAGGUCCCAGGGUUUUGAGGCAAAAUUAGCAACUCCAAACAUCUUAAAUAUGAGACGCCAUUUCAGAAAGAGUUGAGAGAAUUUUUAAUGUUUGUGACAGUCAAAUGAUGCAUGUCAAAGUUUGAGGUUUAUUCUGACUUCACUGGGUGAAAGGAAAAAAAUGAAACCACAGAAGAAAAAAAUGUGGUAUAUCAAGAAAGAAUAAAUGAAGGAAGACAAAUACAUAGUCUUGU